ACUCGGGAUUGGAGCUCCAUCUUAUCACCGAUGCACUUUUUACCCUAACCCCCGACUAGCCCAGUCCCCUGUUGAGUGCUGAGUGGAAGUUGAGCCCCGCGUCACUAUCAGCCGUCCAUGUCAACUGCCUUGUCGACUCAAUCAUCAUUAUCCGUUGCUAGCAAGCGAGCAUGUCGAGCAUGUCAUUUCCAAACCUUUAUACACACCGCAAGGUGGCCGAGACCAAAGCAAAGUCAUGCGACAUCUGCUACCGGCUCAGCACCAGCGUCCUCAUCACCCCAGACAACAAGGAUUUCUUUUAUAUCUGUCUAAGUCAUCUCAAGGAGCCAGCAUACUGCACGCCAAAGAUUGACACCGAAGCUAUUGAGGCCCGGAAGAAAAAGGAACUAGAGGAAGAGGUUGAGAGGGUGAAGAAAGAGUACGAGGAGAAGCAGAAGAAAAAGAAGGAGAAGGGGAAGGAGGCGGAGAAGGAGAAAGAGAAGGAUAAGAAAGAUGAUGAAAAGAGCAAAGACAAAGACGAAAAGAAGGAGGAGAAAGACCAGGAAAAAUCCAAGGACUCUAGGAGCACAAGUAGAGAAGGGACCAAAUCGCCUCCCGUGGAAGAAGAGCCAAGGAUAUUUGAACUCAAGCCUACCUUCUACCAACAACGCCUGUUGAAGAAGAGGCAGGCUGAGAUUGCAAAGCGCAACCGCGAAAGACUGCAAGAUCCAACCUUCUUUCCCUCGGUUCCCAAGAACCUUCCAUGAUCACAUCCUCUCACAUUGCCAGAUCCGCUUAAGACGGACAGACAUCCUUUGUCGAUACCCAUUGGCCCUUGUUCUCGAACUAUUUUCUAGUAUCAAGCAGCAUGAACACCAAACUUACCACUCUCAAAGUCGCACCACAAUGAACCAUACAGAAAGAUUACAAUACGUUACAACGAGCCGAAUGGGUCCGUUUUGGGACAAGAAACAACAAAGUCCAUCUGCAUCUGCACUGCCGUGCUUCACCACGCCUAUGAUAUUACACUAGACUGUCUCGCAAGGUUGACCUCGAUCAAGCUAGCGGAAUCAGCCCUGCAAUGGAUGACGGCAUGCC